AAUGAUCAAACAUCUGUCUGCUCCUCUUUCUUCUCCUCCUCCAGUAUAAAUGUGGGAGCGGUUCAGCUUCUCCUCAGAACUGAGAGCAGGAUGGACUCGGAUCUGGAGUGCGGGGUUUGUUACCGGCUGUACAACGGGGGUGCGCGGUGUCCCAGAGAGCUGAGCUGCGGGCACAGCUUCUGUGAGCGCUGCCUGCGGGCGCUGUGUCACCCCGCCGCCGCCGCCGACGACGCCUCCUCCCCGGCCUGCCGCAUCGACUGCCCGCUGUGCCGCCGCGCCACCUCCGUCUCCCAGCUUGACAACAUCAAAAAAGAGCUCAGACUGAACGAAGACACGUUUGAGCGCAUGUUGGCCGCCGGGGUUCUCUCUGAGGAGGAGGAAGAAGAAGAGCUCCAGAAAGGCAGUGAGGAAGAGGCGGCGCUUACCGAGAGCCAAGCCGAAGAAAGCGACUCGUCGCCGGCGUCCCCACGCGGAAGCUUCCGGCGCUCGUUCAGACGACUGUGGAAGAUGUUAACCGGCAACAGCUCAGAGCAACGUGACUGUGUGACCAGUGACGACAUGAGGUGCCUCGCCAUGAUGGCAAACUACAUGUUCUGAGGAACCUGCUGCCUCACGCACCCCGAUAAUGUGAAGAUACUUACUGUAUUAGUGUUUAAAUAGUAACAGAAAUUAUAUCUUGCAGGCAAGAGAGAUGGAC